AUGGGAAGCAAAGCCACAGUGUGUUUUGAGGGAUAUAUGGACCCCUGCAGAGCCGGAGCCCGGGAGAGAGAAGCCAUGGGUCAUUCGGAACCCUGUUGGAGCAUCCCACGCUCUACGAUGAGUGAAACACGAGGGACACCAGACAGCCUUGCCAGCCGACACACGACGCCUGAGAAGUUCUUCAUGGAGGCCUGUGACGACGGAGCCGGAGACGUCCUCGCCAUCGACCGCGUCUCCACAGAAAUGAGCCUCGCAGGAAGGAAGGAUUGUCCUCGUCAGCGGGUGACGCGGUACCGCCUCUGUGGCAUCAUGGGAACGAUUCGGCUGGUGGCAGGCAUGUAUCUCAUCGUCAUCACGAAGAAGAGGAAGGUGGGCGAUCUGCUCGGUCACGCCGUCUGGAAAGCCACUGACUUUGACAUCAUUUCCUACAAGAAGACAGUUCUUCAUCUGACUGAUGCUCAGAUGCAAGACAACAAAGCCUUCCUGUCCAUGAUCAACAGCGUCCUGAAUGCAGACGGUUUCUACUUCGCCACGGACUACGAUCUGACGCACACGUUACAGCGGCUGGCUCACACCAGCCACGAGUUUCACGAGAUGACCCUGCUGGAGCGCGCGGAUCAGAGAUUUGUGUGGAACGGUCACCUGCUCAGAGAAUUCAUCGCUCAGCCGGAGCUGCACAAAUUUGUCUUCCCUGUUGUUCACGGCUUCAUCGCCAUGAAGUCGUGCUGCAUCAACGGCAAAAUCUUCGACUGGAACAUCAUUUCCAGGAGGAGCUGUUUCCGCGCUGGCGUCCGCUACUACGUCAGAGGCAUCGACUCUGAAGGUCAUGCGGCCAACUUUGUUGAGACGGAGCAGAUUGUUCAGUAUAAUGGAGCAAAAGCCUCAUUUGUUCAGACUCGAGGCUCCAUCCCGUUCUACUGGUCUCAGAGACCAAACCUCAAGUACAAACCAAAACCACAGAUCAGCAAAAGCAUCAAUCAUCUGGAUGGUUUCCAGAGGCACUUCGACUCUCAGAUCAUCACGUACGGCAAACAAGUCAUUCUGAACCUGGUGAAUCAGAAAGGCUCAGAGAAGCCGCUGGAACAGGCCUUUGCAAAGAUGGUGAACCGUCUGGGCAACGGCAUGAUCAAGUACGUCGCAUUUGACUUCCACAAGGAGUGCAGCCGUAUGAGGUGGCAUCGCCUGCAGAUCCUGGUGGACAUGUUUUAAUAAAUUCAAAAAAAACUCUGCUACUUCCUGGUGGAUUCGGACGGGACGGUGCAGUUACAGCAGGACGGGACGUUCAGAAGCAACUGCAUGGACUGUCUGGACCGAACCAACGUCAUCCAGAGUCUGCUGGCGCGGCGCUCGCUGCAGUCGCAGUUAGAGAGGAUGGGAGUUUUACAUGUGGGCCAGCGGAUUGAAGAACAGGCAGAUUUUGAAAAAAUAUACAAGAAUGCAUGGGCGGAUAACGCCAACGCCUGCGCCAAACAGUACGCCGGGACAGGAGCGCUGAAGACCGACUUCACACGGACAGGGAGGAGAACGCAGUGGGGUUUGCUGAUGGACGGCUGGAACUCUAUGAUCAGAUACUACAAGAACAACUUCUCGGAUGGCUUCAGACAGGACUCCAUAGACCUGUUUCUGGGUAAUUAUGCUGUGGAAGAGGCGGAUAUGAACACUCCUUUACAUGAGCCCAAAGACUGGAAGUUCCUCACGCUGCCGAUCAUCAUGGUAGUUGCUUUCUCAAUGUGCAUCAUAUGUCUCCUGAUGGCUGGUGACACCUGGACGGAGACGCUGGCGUACGUGUUGUUCUGGGGCUCGGCGAGCGCCGUGACGGCCGGCGUGAUCCUCUUCAAUGGCCGGGACUUCGUCGACGCACCCAAACUGGUGCAGAAGGAGAAGAUGGACUGAACCUGCGCGUGUGGGAAGCAGCUUGGUCCCGCCGAGUCUUCAUCCUCCUCAUCCUCAGUCCUGUCCUACUCUCAGCUUCACCGGGCCUGGAGCCUGUACUGAUGCCGCGCCGCUGGGAGGAAGAGGAGGGGGACGAAGGCCGGGGGCCGGACGGGACGCGCCGCUGCUCUCCACACGAGGAUCGUAUCACGUGGGACCAUCUCACAGACUUCCCAUAAUUCCAUCGACACACAGGCAGCUUCACAGACGCGCCGCUGGAAACCCGUUUCACGUGCAGAUCGGGACCAUGAGGGUCUCUGCCCCGUCCUCGUGGUUCACGGCGUGUCUCCGUCUCAAAUCGCACACGUGUCGCAGCUCUCGGGACCACCUCAGAAUCAGUCUUGUUUUCUAAUAAAAAAAAAUGUUUUGUAAACAAAA